AUGAUAUACCCUGAAAAUAGCCACAAAAAUAAAUGGGAUCUUUUUGUAACAUUUGAUGAAGCAGAGCAAUAAUUGACUUGGACUCUAGUUGAAUCGUUUAUAGAUUUUUGUUUCUUAAUAGACAUUAUUUUGAACUUUUUUACUGCAUUCUAUGAUGAAGAGUUUCUACUUAUCGAGGAAAGAAAGGUAAACUAAAAUUACAAAUAUUUGAUCAUUCUUUAGUUGAUUGCUCGUACAUAUCUCUCAGGUUGGUUUAUUCCAGAUAUCAUUUCUAUUGUUCCAUUUGAUCAGAUUUUUUCUUCUGGGUAGUUUAACAGAUUAGCCAGAUUCGCUAGAAUCGGAAAACUUUACAAAUUGGUAAAAAUGGCAAGACUUACAAGAAUGCUAAAAAUAGUUAAAGAGAGGAAAAAACUUGUAAAAUAUCUUAAUGAAGUCCUUAAAAUUGGUAUUGGAUUUGAAAGAUUGCUCUUUCUUAUGCUGAUUUUUAUUGUACUUUGCCACAUUUUUGCUUGUCUUUGGAUAUUUGUUGGUUUAUUUGAUGAUACUAAGAACAAUUGGAUAUAUCAAAAAGAGUACUAGGAUUAUAAGAAUUUCUAGCUAUAUAUAACCUCUUUUUACUUUACAGUUACUACAAUAGUAACUGUAGGCUACGGAGAUAUUACUGCUUAAAACACAGGAGAAAGGAUAAUUUGUAUUUUACUCAUGAUUAUUGGUGUGAUAGCUUUUUCUUUUGCCACUGGUUCUUUAUCUUCUAUUAUCUCAAACUACGAUUCAUCUUAAGCUAAGCUUAAGGAAAAGAUAGCCACAUUAAAUGAUAUUAGAGAAUAAUACUAGAUAGGACCUAAAUUAUUUGAUGAGUUGAGAAAGGCGAUCAAAUAUGAUCACAGUAAAAAUUAUAAUGACGUUAUUUAGUUUAUGGAGGAAUUACCUCACAAGCUUAAAAUUGAUCUAGCUAUGGAGAUUCAUAGGGAUAUUUAUCAAAAUGUAGAUUUUUUCAAAGCAAGAGACAGUCAAUUCAUAUUUUGGGUAGGACCGCUUCUAAAGCCAUUACUUUUCUCAGAAUAGAAGUACAUAUACAGAGAGGGCGAUGAAAUUAAAGAGAUUUAUUUUAUGACAAAUGGAACAGCUGGAUUCGUUCUUCCGAUCUACAAUAAUGCCGUUUAUAUCUAAGUUGAAAAAGGGGAUGAAUUUGGACUGACUGAUUUAGUCUAUGACAAAGAAUUAGUUGAAUAUAAGCUUCAAAGCAGGAAGAAGUUGAAAGGAGGAAAAAAAGCUCUCCAAAGACUGUUUACUGUUUAGGCAUUAAAUAGUUGUGAAGUGCUGAUGAUGUCAAUUUAAGACUUGGACAAAAUGAAAGUAGAAUAUCCCGAUAUCUUUGAUGAAUUAUUCUUGAAGCAGCUUAAACUCCUAUCUAAGUGCUUAAGAUUAAAAGAUGAGGCAAUUGAAGAACUUCAGAGAAAGGAAUAAGAAGAAAAAGAAAGGAAACUUAGGGACAUAUCUCAAAAAGCUUUGGAAACAAUCUCAGAAUAAAAGCCAACUCCUAACAGCCCAAUGGCUGCACUUGGGUUGGGAGUUACACAAAUGAUAUCAAAAUCCUCUAAUAAGUUCUUGAAUAAAUUUGCUAAAAAUUUCAUGAGCUUGAAGAAAAUUGAUCAGGAGCUUAUCAACUCAGAGGAUCAGAAUUAAAAAAAGGAAGACUCUACUUAAAAAGAGAGCGAGAAAAAAGAUAGUGAAAAAAUUAAUGAGCAAAUAAAUGAAAAGGAAAAUAAAGAUAAAAAUGAGAAUGAUUCAUCAUUUUCCUCUAGUGAAGAUGAAAAGUCUCAAAAGGCUCCUUAAUAUGAUGAAAAGUCAAAGUUCUUUUUGGGGAAAUUCAAGCAAAACUUUGGAAAGUAUUUUUAGUCUUAUCAAAGGCAUAGUAUUAGCGAGAUGUAGGGAAUCUCAAACAACUUAAGCCAAUCUCUUAACGUGUCCUUUGGUGCUAAUAACGAACUAAAACCUAAAUCAGAUUAUUAAUUACAAGAAAUGAAUGCAAGAAUUUCUAACUUAGAAAAGAUGUUUGAGAAAAUGAUGAAGACUAUGGACUAGAUUAACCAAAAAAUCUCGAAUUAAGAUUGA